AUGUUGUUUGGUGAAAUUCCUGCAAGUCUUGGAAGCUGUGUAAUGUUGGAAUAUCUGGGCAUGGGAAGAAACCUCUUCCAAAGGACAAUUCCUCCAUCUUUGGAAUUUUUAAAGGGUCUUCAAUAUCUAGAUCUUUCUAAUAAUAAUUUUUCUGGUCAAAUUCCAAAAAUUUUGGAGAGCUUUGUCUACUUGCAAUUUUUGAAUUUGUCUUUCAACCAUUUUGAGGGUAAGGUACCAGCAAAAGGAGUUUUCAAGAACACAAGUGCAACUUUCAUUAAUGGAAAUGAUAAGCUUUGUGGGGGCAUAUCUAAGUUUCAGCUUCCUAAAUGUGAAUACAAAAAAUCCAAGAAGUGGAAGUUGACACUUUCCUUGAAGUUAAUAAUCUCUAUAUUUUCUAGGCUUCUUGGAGUAACCUUGGUUUUGUUAGUUCUAUUGCUUCGUUCUUUUAUAAAGAAAAGAAAAGAUACCGCCUCUAGUGACUUAGGAAAUUUUCUUUUGAAUCUAUCUUACCAAAAUCUCCUAAAUGCGACUGAUGGGUUCUCUUCUACCAAUUUAAUUGGUGUGGGUGGUUUUGGAUCCGUGUAUAAAGGAAUUCUUAAUCAAGGUAGACAUACAGUUUCUGUUAAGGUGCUUAACCUUUUGCGUCAUGGAGCUUCCAAAAGUUUCAUAGCUAAAUGUGAGGCUCUACGAAACAUUAGACAUCAAAAUCUUGUAAAGGUACUUACAUCAUGUUCUGGUAUUGACUAUCAAGGUCAAGAUUUUAAAGCUUUGGUAUACAAGUUCAUGGCAAAUGGAAACCUAGAUGAAUGGCUACAUCCAACUUCAAGAAUAGAUGAGGGUCAUGAGGAACCAAGGAAUUUGAGUCUUCUUCAAAGAGUGAAUAUUUCCAUUGAUGUUGCUAAUGCCUUGAAUUAUCUUCAUCAUCAUUGCCAAACGCCAAUCGUUCACUGCGACCUCAAGCCUAGCAAUGUUCUUCUUGAUGAUGAAAUGAUUGGAGACGUAGAAUAUGGUAUGGGAAAUGAAGUGUCAACAUAUAGUGAUGUUUAUAGCUAUGGUAUAUUAUUGUUAGAAAUGUUCACUGGAAAAAGGCCAACUGAAAACACUCUCCAAGAUAACUUAAACCUUCAUGAAUUUGUUAAAGCAACUUUGUCAGAACAAAUAAUUCACAUUAUUGAUCCUAUUCUCCUUCGAGAAAGAGGGGAUGAGGAGACUGUGAUGAAUGAAACUCACAGUGAGAGUCGAAUAGGAAGUACCAAAAUUCAAGAAUGCUUGAUUUUGAUACUUGAAAUUGGGGUUGCUUGUUCCAUGGAAUUUCAUAGAGAAAGGAUGAGCAUCAGUUCUAUUAUAGUUGAGCUGCAUUCAAUUCGGCAAGAACUUAUUGGAUAG